AUAAUAAAAGUGCACACGUAUUAAUAAUGCGUAAAGAUAACGAUCGUAGCAAGUUUUUUUCCAUGAAGUUAUUCACGAGUGUGACAACAUUUUGUUUUUUCUCGUUUCACUCGCGUAUCGUGGGCAAAAUGACAGGAAUUCCCUCGGGGUUGAAAAUGCGCGAUGCAAUCUAAAUCCACGAUCACCAUCAACCACGAGAACGACGCCGAUGAAUCGAUGGAAGAGUCUGUCUUCGAGCAGAUAUGCGACACGAUAUUCGUUCUGAUACCCGAAGAUACGUAUUUAUGAUGGGAUUCUAUGAUAGUGCCGCGACUGAAGCAGCUGUUUCUAAGUUGGAGUCAGCUAGGCACCGAAGACAGAGUACAAUUGGACGCCAAAGUGGCCAACUGGUGUUGUCCUAACAGAAGACAGCUUUAUAAACCUUUGCAAGAGGCUUUGGUUCGCUGGGAGACUGUGCAGGACACUCAAGGUGCUCCCGGUUGCGAGCCAGGUAUGGUCUCCUUUUCCUGCGAUCCUCAGUUGGAGGAGGAAUUGGUCAGCGUCAUUUAUAGCCUAGAACUGUUAUUCACGAAAAAUCGAAAAGGUAGAGAGAUCGACAUGGAUUACGAGGUCGGUCGUUGCACAGAGCUCAGGAGAGAGAUGUCUUUGAACCUGAACUACGACGGGACUCUGCGCUCGAUUUUGAGCCCCAAAGAUAAAACACCUCAUUCCGUGCACAGUUGCAGUUACAUCGCCGAUUUCAAACGAUCUGACGAGGAUCUAAGCGGUUACCUGACCAAUUAAGAAUCGAUGACGAUUGAACAUUUUUAUCCCAAUUUUCGACUUUGCUAAUGAAUUUUUUUUGGAAAAAUUCUGCAAAUAUAAAACGAUAGAUUAUUUUCUCCUCUAAUGGAAAUUUUGUUCAGUUUAUCCUGGAUGAAUUUUCUUUACGACAAUAGAAACGAAGUGACAGUCGAUAGAUGUUAGGGAAUUAGGAAGAGUAAUUAGAGUAAUCUUGAGAGAAAGAUAUACUAUUAUUUUGUAAAGAGAUACGUACUCUUACGAUGAAAUUCUAAGAAUAAUCGGUAAUAGUUAGUAAGAGAUAAUUUCUUUUUUUUUUCUAAAAAUAGGUACUUCUUUUUAUCUCCCAAAUAUACCUGUUUGCGUCCUAUCAUUGGUAUAUAAAAUAUGUCUGAUCCAUUUAAGAAAAAAAAAUUAUAACAUGUUGUUUCCAUUUUUUUCUUUUCAGAAAGCUUAUAUUAUUGUAAUAAAUAAACGAAAUAAGUAUUAAAAAAUAUAUAAGACAAGAAGAUUACGAUGAUUCCGAUCCACACAAAAAUUAGUGACAUAAAAUAUUUUAUUAAUCAUCAGUUAUAGAGUCAAGGUGUACGAGCAUACAUUCAAAUAAUACAAGUCAAUCAUUUUACAACGAAAGAUUCAAACAAAUACGCAACAAAAGGUGUCCGGAUCAUAAAUGUAUCAACUCGAUUCGCCGCAUUAUUCAAUCAUCAUUUAUCCUCGUAUUAUCCUUCUUUAUAUUCUUUGUUUUAUUUAUUUAUUUUUUUUUUUUUUCAUUUUCUUUUCUUUUUUUUCUUCUCUAAUAUAAUUAUUACACAGCAAUAAUAGGUUCAGGAUGAACACUGCUCCUUACGAGAGAAAGGUAGACGUUAUACAAUACGUGUACAUGAAUUAACCUUACGCGCUUUACGAGAGCAAGGAACACCCCUCAAGACGUGUGCAGAGACAUCCAUACUUAGAAAAAUUGACCGCAGAAACAUUUAUCCGUGUAUAAAAUAUAUUGCGAAUAACGCAUAAAAAUCUGUAAAGUGUUGUAUACGUGUAAUACGACGAUUAACGAUCGGUCAAUUGCGUGGAAUCGUGAUCUCUAGUCACCAAUAAAAAUUCAUUUUCAUUUCCUAUAUCUUAUGAGCUAAUAUACAACACGGGAACGGAGGGGAAGAAAAGAUCCACAAAUUUUCAUACACGGACAGAAUGUCUCUGUGAACAACGUCCCUAAGCCAAAUACACGCCUUCUCUCAAUCUCUCAUUUCUUCGAACUCUAUAAGUAUGUUCGGACUACUUAUGCAGCUUUGCAACGCAAUCCGACGGGAACGUAGCUCUUUUUUUUUUCUUUUUCUUUUCUUUUUUUUUUUUUUUUUUACUCUUUUAAUCAUUUACAACACUCGUUUUUUUCUUUUAUAUAUUUUUUUUUUCUUUAUUUACAGAAUCGCUAUUAUUUAAAACCGGACUGAUUUCAACGAGUUUGCUUCCUUUGCGGUCCUCGCGAUCAAUUUCGUUUUCCUCGAAAUGCCAAAAAGUUGGUUGAACGAAGAUGUUGGAAAGAUGGAACCUAGGUUAUUCCAGAUCACGUUGGGAUUGCGUAUUAAGUACUAUCGAGAGUUAGCUAACAGGACGAGAAUCUCGGAGGGAAGGAUCGAGAAUAACCGAAAUUCCUUCCAAAUUUUUUUUUUCUUUUUUUUCUUUUUCUUGUUUUUUUCCUUUUUUUAACUUUUUUUCUGAAUAUCUUCUUUUCUCUUUCUCCUUCUUCUUCUUCAUUUUUUUUUUUUUUUAAAUAGAAAAAUUCCCCGAAUUUAGGACCACAGAGGAGAAAAGUUUCCUGCUUGAAACACGAUUUAGCUAUUCUCCUUGCGGAGGAGAGGGUCGUCCGAAGUCGAAUUCAGUUUGAAUCACAGCUGUCUGUCAACUAUCAUCCAAUAGUUUGAUUGGACGAGUUCUAUUGCUACUAGUUUUGUUGGACGAUAUCCAGCUUCAGGGACCUAGGUGAAGCAGCUCUCGAAGAAACUAUUCCAGGCAGUGGAUAUAUCCUGACCUAGAGUGGCUAGCAACGAUUUCUGAAUUUAUUCCUUCAUCCAAAACGAAUUGCUGGCGGGUUGAACGCAGGUGUCGCCUGUUUCUUCAUAGAAGAAAUCAUCUGAGGGGGUGGGUUUAUAAUUAAUUAUCACGAUAAGGGAACGGUAUCGCACAAUUUCGCGCCAAUACCUCACGAACACGCUUGCUGUACGUCCACAAAGACGCGGCUCUGAAUUUAUAUAUAGUGUCCAAUUCGGGCGACACCCGAAUCUCUUCUCGAGCUGCUCCACCUAACCGGCCUUAAGGACACUUGUACGUGAACUCUGGUUCAAUCUCGUCAACGUGAUAUAGCCGACCAUAGAAGAUGCAGACUGUUACUCUGUCCCCAUGUUUGAAUCUGCUUCCAUGUUAAAAACGGAAAUUGGAUAUUCUUUCUUUCCUUCUUUUUUCUUCUUUUUUUUUUUUCUUUUUUCUUUUUUCUAGGUCAACAGUCUACCCUGAGCAGUCUGAGGAGUUCGAAAACUGUCGAUUUAAAAAUUUCUUCCUAUAUUAUCAGUCAUCCAGGUACAAGUAUCUUCAACAAUUGAGGCUCGAGUGGACGACCAAUCGAGUGUGUGAAUGAAAAAAAUUCCCCCGCCUCGAUUUGGCCAGGGCAGCUUGCACUAUGUUUUUGUUUCUUUUUUUUUCUUCUUCUUCUUCUUUUCAUCUUCUUUUUUUUUUUUUGUUUUUCUUCUUUUUUUUUUUUUUUGUUUUCAUUCAUCCACGAGAAGCGAAUACUUUGAAAUGUCGAUGCGCUAUAACGCGCAUCAACUCUAUAUAUAUAUAUGUGUGUGGAAAUUGAUUCUGCAGCUGGAAUCUUAGUUGCAGCUCUGCCUCUAUCUCUCUUUCUUUCUUUCUCUCUCUUUCUCUCUCUCUCUCUCUCUAUCGAUCGAUUCGUUCAUCUUCGUGGAUUCUUAUCUUAUACACUUAACGCGACAUAAGUCGAACGAUUUUCGUCGAAACGAAUCGAGGAGGAGAGAAGAACCGUUGUCCGUUGUUUUUCGCUUUCAAUCGCUUCGUUCAUACAAGACACGUUUUUUUCCCCUUUUUUCAUCGUUUGUUUCGUCAUCUAAAACGUUACGUUUAAUAAGUUUGAUCGAUAUUAUUCAGUUGAUAGUACCAUACCAUGUGUGCCGCUAAAUAAAUACAGUUAUUGUUGCGAACGUCCAUCGAUAGGCAUUUUCCGAACAGUGUCCGAUUGAUAGCAUUUUUUUUAUUGCUUAAUGGUUCGGUGAUAUUCGAGUUCAGACGGAAGGACACCAUGAGACGAGCACAGUAACGCUGCCAAUGGACGUUCUACGACUAUCAGCUGUCUUCAGAGCCACUCAGAGAGCUCGUACGUGACCUAUUAACGCUAGUGGUUCGUCCAUCUCGUCGUCUGUUGUGUAAUUUUAUCUUUUUUCUUUUUUUUUUUAAAUGGGUCGUCUACUGGGUUGAAAGUGUCCAGCGUGAACUAAUCAUAACCUAUAAAAAAAAAAAAAAAAAAAAGAAA